AUGAGGCACGUGGCCCUGUUCCCCUAUCCGCCUCCCACUUCCAGGUACCCUAGCAGCCGCAGUGAGGACAACCCUGAGCGGUCACGGACGGGCAGCGAGUCCUCGCAGAGCGGAGCCGCAGGACCCCCUGGCACCACCGCCGGCACCGGUCCCACCGGCAGAACCACACGGAGGAGGGAGAGUGAGAAGUCGGUGGAGGGCGAUGCGUGCGGCCGCGAGGAGGAGGGCCGUGAGGAGAAGCAGCCGCUGAAGGUGAUGCCCGCGCCGCCCCCCAAGGAGAACGCGUGGGCCAAGCGCAGCAGCAGCACCGCCGGACGCUCCCCAGGCUCUGACUCUGAGCAGCACUCACCCAGCAGCAGCCAGAUGGCUUCCCGCCCACCUGCAGAGAACGGGGCCACCCCAAGGAGCACCCACCGGAGAGGGGAUGAGAACAAGCCAGAUGGGGGCCGGGAUGGCCCGAAGGCGCGCAGUGGGAGCUCGGCCGAGAGGAAAGAUGGCCGCAAGGAGCAUGAGGCAAGAGCUGCGCCUGAGCCAAAGAGACUGGAGGACAGCCCAGCCCCCUUCAGCCACGCCAGCAAGUAUGCAGCGCUGUCAGUGGAUGGCGAGGAGGAGGAGUGUGGCGAGUGAAGGCCGUCCCCAACCCCAACACCGAAAUGGAACAGAAAACCCAGCGCCGCCCCGCCGAAAUCAAGCCAAGAAUCUGCAUAAGGAAAGGAAAAAAAGGAGGAAAACUGAUAUUGCCAGGCCCUGCCGCUCUGCCCUGCUUCGUUUGGGGUUUUUUUGGGGGGGGGCUAGGGGUCUAUGGGGGGGUCUGGCCUCAUGUCUGCCCCCCAUCUCCCUCCCUGCCCCGUUGCUGUUGGGGUGGGAGUGCUGUGGGGUGUGGGGCUGCGCGGCACCGGGCGCCGUUGGGUUUUCUGUUGGUUUCCUCCAAUAAAGGUGAUCGGAACGGCC